AUGUCUGGCCGGCUAGAUCAAUCUCUCGAUUCCAUUAUCGAUAGCCAGAAGAAGGCGAAGCGUGAGGUCCGUCGUCGCAAAGUGGGAAAGGGAACUGGCCCAACCGCUCCCGUUGGAGGUGUCAAGAAGUCGACCAGACCAGUCAAGUCUGCCAUCAAACCUGCUGCCGGCAGCUUAGCGCAAGCAAGAUCAAGCAAGAUCGUCGUUAGUGGACUGCCCUACGACGUGAACGAAGCCCAGAUCAAGGAAUACUUCACCAAAUCUGUAGGCAAAGUCAAGAAAGUCUCCUUGCAGUACAACCAAAAUGGUCAGAGCCGUGGCAUUGCCGACAUCCUCUUCUCAGCGCCAGACUCCGCGGCCAAAGCAGCCAAGGAUCUCAAUGGAAUGCUGAUUGAAGUGGUGGUGGACGCCAGCAAGGUGCCGGAGCCAAUUGCAGCAAAGUCGCUCGCGGAUCGUGUUGCGUACGCAGAUCCAAAACGCUCGGCCAAGUCGGAGCCACUGACGAAGACCAGCGCAAAUCCCAAAGCACAACCAAAAUCCGCUACCGCCGAUAAGAAAGUUACUGGAAAGGAUGGGGCCAAAGGACGACCUGCCGGCAAGGCUGGAAAGCCAAAGCGUGGUCGCAACCCCCGACCAAAGCAAAAGACUGCCGAGGAACUCGACGCCGAGAUGACGGAUUACUGGGCCGGCAACAACCCGUCUGCCGCUGGAGCUUCUACUGAAGGUCCCGCCACCAACGGUGCCGCCCCGGCCGCCAACACUGGUGAUGACAUGGGAAUGGACGAGAUUUCAGUGAGCGACGUCGAAUUUAUCUGCUAA